CGCUUUGAAUUAUUUUUUUUCCUUUAAAAAAUAGGUUAUAACGAAAAGUUGUUUACAAUAUUUACUAUUGUUUGUAUUUAUACGCCGUUGAAAAUUCAUUUUUUAUCCAAAAAUUGGUAAAUGUAGCCACUUAAGUAUUUGUGUACUUUAAAAAUAGAAAAUGCUUAAUCAAGGCAAUCAAAAUAAUACUAUUCUUCACGACACUUACGUGCAACCACUCUUAACACGAGUUUUAGAAACCCAAAGAUUUGGUGCUUGCAGACGUCCAAUAAUAGUGCAUGAAUUAAAAUCCAAAGAUGGAUUUAAUUAUGACUGCAUCGAUUUGGUCGUGCCUUAUGCAGAUAUAAAUUUAAAAUGGACUAUACUUUUUGAUUCGGAAUUUCCAGAGUUGGGUCCGGAUUUCAUCUUCAACGAUGAUUUUCUUUUGAAUCCCGAUGCAAAUAGUUUAAUAGAAAAUGUUCCUAGUUUAAACACUUGGAAUUACUGCGACAGUAAUUCAUUGCUCCUCGUUUUAAAGGAACUCUUGACGUACUACAAAAAAAAGCAGAUUGAAUUGAUAAAAAAUCGCUGUCAAAGGAGGCUGUCAUUUGAAUAUGAAGAAUUAAUAAAAAUUGUUAAGGAGGAGAAUGUAGAAGUGAUAAUUAUGAAUAAUGGACUGAAAUCGUCAGAAGUGAAAUUUUUCAUACGGCUCACAAUUGAUUUCUCGAGAAUUCCUCAAAAACAUAAACAUCAUCUUCAAAGUGAUGCUGUAUUACUUUUGGUUACGUUCUCGGGAUCGGAUUAUUCAAAUGUUGUUCCCGCACUGCAAUUGACGAAAACUAUUGAGAACAUUCUUGGCAGUCAGGAAACUCUAUCAAUUCCUCCCUAUCCAAGUCAAGACGGUUUAUUAAUUGAAUAUGUUCCUCUUAUUGAAAAUUUCUUGAAAGGAAAAGUGGAAGCGUUAAUUUCCAAUUGCAAGAGGAAACGGGAUUUCAUAUCGUCGUUGCUAAUUAUUUUACGCGGAAGCAUUAUCGAGUACGAUGCACUGGAAUUUAAUCAAGCGACAUUUCUCGUAGAGAAAAAAGAUUUUCAUUUUUUCAUACAUUUUCGUAUUCCAUCAAGAUUCCCGAGAGAAAAACCAGAAGUAGUAAUGGAAAGUGCGUAUCAUAUGGAUCGAUCCGGAAAAAUGAUUACGCACACGAUUAGUAAAUAUCCACACAACUAUCAAGCGGAAUCAAUAUCAAUGGUUCAAACGAUAUUAAAGCAUAUUGAGGAAAAAGAAGUCGAACCAUUUCAACAGAUGUGCACGCAAAAAAAUCGCUUUUAAUUCCCCCCCAUUAAAUUAUUUUCAUUCUACCUCAAAUUUUUCCCGUUCAUCUUACUUUACGUUCAUUUUAUUUUCAUUUCAAUGUUAAUGAAAGUUACUGAAAUUUAUUUCUAAAAUUUAUUUCUAAAAAACUUAUUUUUUAAAUUUAUUUUCCAAAUUUGUUUCUUUUCUAAAAUACUUUCUUCAAAUUUUAGUUUUCUUGUAUUUAUCCCCUUCGACUUUCUUCUUCUCGACGCAUUUAUUGUAAACUGAAUUGAACACAUUUUUAGUGUAAAAGAAAGCACGCGCCUUGACAAAAAAGAAAAAAUGUUUGUUAACCAUGAAAAAGGAGAGAAAUAAAGUCAAUUGACUCAAAUGUAA